AAAAUUAAAAAGUUCACAUUUUUGUUCCCUUGUAAAAGAUUUCAUUUUCUUGUUACCCAAAUCUCACUUUUCUUCUACUUAGUCAUUUGGUCUUUGCACCCCUUUUUUUUCUAUUAAAUAGUAGCCGCCUUUUAUGUUUUAGGGUUUCGAAUUGCCGAAUCUAUGGUAAAAUUGCUACUCUUUAUUGGAUUAUUUGCAUUGAUUUCUUGUUGAAACUUUGAUUUUAUCGAAUUGUUCGGGCCAUCCCAGGUUGUUCAAUCUGGGUUUAAAAAUCGCAAAUUUACUCUCCUUAGCUACAUUCAAGUGUUCACCUUCGAUUUCCCUAGGGUUUCUACCUGCAAUGGACGACGGGGAGCUUGAAUUUUCGAACCAGGAAGUGUUUUCCGGGAAUAACAUUGGUGAUAUUCCAAGCAGUUGUUCAAUGGACGGUUUUUUCGAUGAAUUACUCAAUGAUUCUCAUGCUUGUACCCAUACACAUACAUGCAACCCACCUGGUCCAGAUAAUUCUCAUACACACACAUGUUUCCAUGUUCAUACCAAAAUUGUGCCUGCCUCAACUGAAGAUAAGACUGCUAGCGAUGACACUGCUGGGUCUAAGGAGAAACUGAAGAAACGUCCGCUGGGUAAUCGUGCAGCUGUCAGGAAGUACAGGGAAAAGGUUAAGGCACGAGCUGCCUCGUUGGAGGAUGAGGUUAUGAGAUUGAGGGUAGUGAACCAGCAGCUGUUGAAGAGGUUGCAAGGGCAGGCUGCAUUGGAGGCUGAGUUUGCUAGGCUUAAGUGUUUGCUUGUGGAUAUUCGAGGAAGGAUUGAAGGGGAGAUUGGAUCUUUCCCUUAUCAGAAAUCAGCAACUACUGUUAACCCAAUGAACAUACCUGGUUCUUAUGGGAUGAAUCCUUGCAACGUGCAAUGCAAUGAUCCGAUGUAUUGCCCGCAUCCUGGAGUUGAAGGUAUAACAGGAGAAGAAGCAGCGCUGAAUGGACAAGGAUUUAAUGGGUGUGACUUUGACAAUUACCAGUGUUUCACUGACCACAACUCAGGAGCAAAGGAACUUUCUACAGGUGGGGUUUGAAGUGCAGGGUCCAACGGCAAUUCUACUGGCAAUAAAAGGAGGAAAGGUUGAAGAAGAGGUGAGGAAAAUGGCAAUACAAGCUCAGUUAUAUUCAGAUAAUAUUGGGUUCCUGUUAUGCAGUUCCUUGACUGUGGCGGCACCGGCAACGGCGGGUUUAAUCAAUUCUGUUUUGGCCAUCAAUAGAAACCACAGGCGCAGCAACUGAAGAAUCAAAACCUUUGUUUUGAAAAUGGUGAAUCAAUGAUGUAUUGUCAAGUCAUGGUCAAUAUGCAACGGCAUGUGAUUGGUCAGUUUAUCAAAUCACAUAACGAGAGAUUGAGAUUAUUAUCACAAGAGCAAAGGAAGAAACUAGUUGCAGUCAUGGUGAAAAAGCUAGAACCCAAGGCAACUCUUUUACUCAAACAAAAAGACACAAAGCUCGGGAAUACAACGAACAAAACAAUGGAGCUACGAACAACACGCUCGAACAAUUACAACAACAGCAAAACCAAGCCGCAGGAUUUGUUGAAACGACGACAUUAAUGGUAUGUAAAUGUUGCAAUUCUCGGAGUUCGUGUGUUCUGUUCCUUCCCUGCAGACAUCUUUGUUCAUGCAAAGAUUGUGCA